AAAGACGGCCGAAACGAGACGCAAACAGAAACAGAAAUAGCGGUUAACUGAGCCCCUACUGCGAAUCGUUGAAAUUCAAGACGGAUCGCUAUCGCAUUUCUUCAAUUAUGUCUGUUUCGCUUUUCAUUCCGCUGCAAUAAGCGAUCGCCGCACACAGAGGGCAGCACAGGAGAGAGAGGGAGCAGGGGCAGCAGGAGACGGAGCCAGAGAAAGAGGAAGAGAGAGAGAGAGAGAGAGAGUGCGUUCUCGAUUGACGACUCCACUCCCACUCCCACACACACACCCCCCGCCCCCGUCCCCAUAAUUACUAUGGAUUGCGGUGGUAUUGCGGCACAUCAGCAACAACAACUACAGCAACAACUGCACUUACUCCAGCAACAGCUACAGCAACAACAGCACCACCAGCAGCAGAUCCAACAACACAACCUCGAGGAAGCAGCCACAAUAACAAACAUCAACCUUAGGGGCAUCUUGGUGGGUGGCGCUGCUAGCGGCGAAGGAGUAGCAGGAGCAGGAGCAGGAGCAGCGGCUGCUGGUGCGCCGGCAACGUCGACGACGACGACGACGACCGCCGCUGGCUUCGUGGCUGGCGGGGAUUGCCCUGUGAUCGGCGCCGGUGCUGGCGCUGGCGUCAAGCUGCGCAGGCACAGCGAUCGUCCCCUGACGCCGGAGGCCAAGCAGCUCUCCCACACAUACCGCAUCUCCAUGGCUAACCUGGAGGACUCGCAGGAGUCGGAGCUGGACCAGAUCCUGGGCGAGCUGAGUCUGCUCGAGGCGCAGAUCAGCUAUGGUGAGGCCUCCCUGCUGCCCGGCUUGGCUGGUGCUCCAAUGGCCGGCGCUCAGGUGGCACCGCCACCUGGAGUGGCCACCCAGCUGCCCGGCAAUGUCCCAUCCAUGUCGGCUGCCUCGUCGCGCUCCCAUUCGCGCACAAACAGCAGCAUCUCAGCGGACGUGAGCAGCUGCUCAUCGUCCGGGAUCUCGGAGAAUGGACACGGUCUAGGAAUGGGACACGGGCUCGUGGGCGGACCAGUGCCGGCCGGCAUGAUAGUUCAUCCACCGCCACCGGUCGGCAUGACCAUGGGCAUAACGCUGGGCGUUGUCACGCCCCGGGAGCCGCGCACCGAGUCGCCCGACAAUGAUUCCGCCUUUAGCGACACCGUGUCGCUGCUGUCCAGCGAGUCGUCGGCCUCCUCGAACACAUCCCUGCAGCAACAACAACAACAGCAGCAGCAGUUGCACCAGCAGCAGCAAAAGCAGCAGCAGGCCGGCUCUGAGAAGCUCGUCCAUGGCGGGCACGGCCAUGGCCAGCAUGGUGGCCAGCAGAGUGGCGCCAACAGCAUCUCGAAGGCGGCCAAGAUCCAGCUGGCGCUGCACAAGCUCGAAAGCGCCUCCAUCCGGCGGCUGUUUGUCAAGGCCUUCACCUCCGACGGCGCCUCCAAGUCGCUGUUGGUGGACGAGCGCAUGGUCUGCGGUCAUGUGACACGCCUGCUGGCCGACAAGAAUCACGUCCUAAUGCAGUCCAACUGGGCGCUGGUGGAGCACCUGGGCGACCUCCAAAUGGAACGCCUGUUCGAGGAUCACGAGCUGCUGGUGGACAACCUGAUGACGUGGAACUCGGAUGCCGGCAAUCGCGUGCUCUUCCAGCAGCGGCCGGACAAGGUGGCGCUGUUCCUGCGCCCGGAGCUCUACCUACCCGGUCCCCAGAUGGCUCCUGGCUGCCAGCACGACGAGCAGACGCGGCAGAUGCUGCUCGACGAGUUCUUCGAUUCGCACAACCAGCUGCAGCUGGACGGACCGCUCUACAUGAAGGCGGACCCCAAGAAGGGCUGGAAACGGUAUCACUUCGUGCUGCGCUCCUCGGGCCUCUACUACUUCCCCAAGGAGAAGACCAAGAACACGCGCGACCUGGUCUGCCUGAAUCUGUUCCACGGCCACAACGUGUACACCGGGCUGGGCUGGCGCAAGAAGUGGAAGUCGCCGACUGACUACACGUUCGGCUUCAAGGCGGUGGCCGACUCCUCGCUGAGCAAGUCGUGUCGCUCCCUCAAGAUGCUCUGCGCCGAGGAUCUGCCGACGCUGGACCGCUGGCUGACGGCCAUCCGCGUGUGCAAGUACGGCAAACAGCUGUGGGACAGUCACAAGUCACUGCUCGAGGAUCUCUGCCUGAGCCGCGACGAUGCCGUUUCGCAGUCAAGCUUUGCCGUGUCCAUGCGCAGCGAGUCGAUCUCGAGCAUCUCGUCGGCGGUGCCGUCGCAGUGCGGCAGCGUAUCCUCGGCCAUCAGCAGCAUGUCCAACUCGACCAGCGGCCGCACAUCGCGCGCCUCCAGCAGCAGCUCCAGCGGAUGCCUCUCGGACGACAACAACGGCUUCGACUCGGAGUUCACCACGGGCACCAUCAAGCGCAAGCCCUCGAUGAAGCCCAAUCUCCCGCUAACCACAAUGACACGCCAGCUGAAGGAGGUGGGCGAGAUCACCAUCUGCGAGAGCGCCGGCGGCGACGCCAGUUCGCCCGAGCGGAGUGGCACACUAACGCGUCGCCACAGCCGACGCAAGUCGCAGGAGAGCAACGGCAGCGGCACACUGAAGCGGCGUCCCAUUCCCGUGCCCGUGAGCACGGUCGUCAAGCAGGUGGAGCCCAUGGGCAGUGCCUCUUCCACCUCGUCCAGCAGCAAUUCCACGCCCACGCCAACGCCCAGCAUCUGUGCCAAGCCCCCGCCGGGCGAUGCUGCCUCGCUAAUGUGCUCGUCCACGCUAUCCCUGGACUCGCUGCCGCCGCCGCCUCCGCCACCCGCUUUGGAUGGUUCGGAGGACCAGGAUGUGUACGGGUCGCAGCUAUCGCUGGCGUCCCUGCCACCACCGCCGCCGCCCGAGGAUGUGCUGGCCAUGACCUAUGCAGCACCGCCCAGUCCAGCUACUCCCACACCAAUGAACAGCAGCCCGAUGAUCAUGAUGCCGAACAGCAACGGAUCGCUGCCACCGGCGGUGCCGGCCAAGCCCAUCAAGCCGGCAGUGAAACAGACGGCUGGCGCACUCAAGGCAGCGCCGCCAUACAAAGCGCCGCCGGACUAUGUGGGUCCCGCCCAGCUGGCCGGACCGCCACUGCCGCCGCCGCCACCCGCCCAGAAGAAGGUCUCGUUCGCCGACUCGCCGGUGCUGCUGCGACGCAAGAUGUGCUCGCCGGAGCCGGUGCUGCCGCAGCGAUCGCCGAGCACCACGCUCAGUUGCCAUUCGAACUCCAGCGCGGGAUCGGCCUACCAGACCUACGCUCCCGGACCGAUGUUGCCGCCGCGCUCCGAUCUGGCGCGCCUGUCCAGCCAGAGCAACGGCAGCGGCAGCGAGGUGACCUCGCCCAAGCGGCUGCAGGAGUCCGCCUCGAAUCCGCCCCGCGACUUCCUCAAGGAUCUGCAGCGCGUGAUGCGCAAGAAGUGGCAGGUGGCGCAGAAGUGCAAGGCGGAGCCGGCCACAACGCCGCACGAGGUGCUGGGCUUCCGGGACUUUAGCAACGAGGAUCUGCUGGCCGCCCACAACCUCAACUCGGGCGCCAACUCCUCGCACUACUACCGCGAGACGGCCAACGUGAGCCACUGGGUGCAGGAGCACUACGAGUAUGCGCACAAUGCGCUCUACGAGAACGUGCACGCCCAGGCGAGGGCGGGCGGCGGAGGAGGUGGCGCAGAGGCUGGCACACCUCCGUUGCCACCGCCGCCUGGCAAUGCUGUGGCGGCCAAGAAGCGCCCACCGCCGCCGCCGCCAAAGCGGAGCGACAAGACGCACCUGACCAACCGGGUGUAGGGAUCAUCAAAAUGGGAAGAGUGAAUCCGCUCACACACUUGGGUCCUAAGUCUCGAAGGGAAGGAGUUUCAUGGCGGAGCGCACCAUAUUUACUUGUCUACAAGAAAGCAGAAGCAAGAAUCUUACAAAUUCCUAUUUAAGUCUAGGCGAACAACAGAGCGAGAUGGAAAACCACUAAUUAAAUCAUACAUGCGUAUGACUAUAUAUAUUUUCUAAGAAUAUGCUAUGGCCACGCCCACUUCUCUUACAAAAGUAUUACACAUAACAGAGAAUCAAACUGCAGAAUUUGCUUUUAGUUCGAGUUUAGAGUGAAACCGCGUCAAAAGUGUCAGGAACUUGGAAUAAUUAUUGAAAAUGUUUCACAUUUUUGCUGAAUACAAAUUGUUUUCUUUUUUUGUUUUAUCAAAUAAAAUGUUGUUUAUUAAUUCAUAUUUUGUAUCCUAAGAAUUUAAUUGGUUUUUUUAACCAACAUUUUUUUAUUAGCCCCACAAAAUAGCACUUAAAAGUUUUUGUUGACACUUUUGGCAUGGUUUCUACAUCUAAAUUUUAAUUCAUUUCGAAAAUCGAAAAAGCAAGAACACAAAGCAGGAGCAAAAUGCAAAAAAAAAGGAAUUCUGCAUUAGUAAAAAUAUUUAAGCUAAAUUUUAGUUUGUAAAAAGAAGGGAAAAUGCAUUUUAAAGCAAUAGUGCAUUAUUUAAAAAAUACUAAAUUAGCGUUAGAUAAGUGUACAAUGUUUUUAUAUAUACAUGCACUUUUUUAACUGUUCAGUUGCUCUUAGUAUUGAUUUUAUAUAUUUUUUUUGCGAUAAACUUUGUAAACGGUAGAGUGAACGUUUUGUAAGCGCAUGAAAUGCGCUGCGCUAGCAAAGGAAAUGCCUUAUAAAGCAUAUAAACCUAAAUAGGGGAAGCCCUGCAUAUACACCUAAUAUAUAUUGAUCCACACAUAUGUGCGUUGGUAUAUCCAAAUUAUUUAAUCUGUUUAAAGCGAUAUUAUUAUAUUUAUCCAAAAAUUGUAUUCCACUUUGAUUGUUCAGUUUAAAUAACCAAGUGCUUAGUUUUCAAAAGAUUUGUCAAGUUCCUCAAUAGUGUUAAAUUUAUCAUUCUCUUUGUACUUAUCGCCAACCACAGAUAAAUCAGACAGAUCAGCCAUAAAAUGCAAUUUGUAUGUGCAAAUCAAACUAUUUAAAUUGAGGGCAAUAAGAGAAAUGGAAUCAAUUCUGUACACAAAUCAAAUAUGUAAUUGUAAUUGUAAUAAUAUAUAAAUUAAUCUUUUGGUA